CAAAACACAAAACACAAAACACAAAACACGCUGCAACUGGCUACCAUGGCCGACUACUCGCGCCCGACAACUCCCGAGGACAGUGCCAAUGGGAUUCCUACGCCCUGUACGCCGAAAACCACAAGUCUUGCUCUGACAGAAUAUUCGACCAACCCUUCGCCGCCAUCGGAGUCUCCCAAGGCGAAAUUGAAAAAUGCUGUCCCGGAUGCGUUCCUCCUGCCGAAUGGAUAUCCUGAUUACCUCCGCCUUAUCCUCACCUCCCGCGUCUACGAAGUCGUCGAAGAAACACCCCUCACACAUGCUACAAAUUUAAGCAACCGUUUAGAAUCCAAUGUCAUGCUCAAGAGAGAGGAUCUGCAGCCCGUGUUUAGCUUCAAGCUGCGAGGAGCGUAUAACAAGAUGGCACAUUUGGAUUCAAUGGAUCGGUGGCGGGGUGUUGUAGCGUGCAGUGCUGGGAACCAUGCCCAAGGCGUCGCAUACUCCGCCCGUCGCCUCCGCAUACCCGCAACCAUCGUCAUGCCCUCGGGCACCCCCGACAUCAAGCACAAAAAUGUCUCCCGACUAGGCGGCUCAGUCGUCCUCCACGGAGCCGACUUUGACGCCGCCAAGGAGGAGGCACAUCGGCUGGAGAAGUUCCACAACCUCGUAUCGAUUCCACCCUUCGACGACCCAUACGUGAUAGCAGGCCAAGGCACAAUUGGCAUGGAAUUGUUACGGCAGACCAACUUACAAAACCUGGAGGCUGUCUUCUGCUGCGUUGGUGGUGGUGGAUUGAUUGCUGGUGUUGGCAUAUACAUCAAGCGCAUAGCGCCUCAUGUCAAGAUCAUUGGCGUGGAAACGUACGAUGCCAACGCCAUGGUGGAGUCACUGAGAGCGGGGAAGCGUGUCGUCCUCAAAGACGUAGGACUCUUUGCUGAUGGUGCAGCUGUUAAAACCGUGGGAGAAGAGACGUUCAGGAUAGGCCAGGAAGUGGUUGAUGAGGUGGUGCAGGUCACGACCGAUGAGACCUGCGCCGCCAUCAAGGACAUGUUCGAAGAUACGCGAUCCAUUGUCGAACCAGCAGGCGCACUGGCCCUUGCCGGGUUGAAAAAGUGGGUGGCGAGGAACCCAAGUCCAAAGAGAGAGAGGGGCUUGAUCGCCGUGGCAAGUGGAGCCAACAUGAACUUUGACCGACUCCGCUUCGUCGCUGAGCGCGCUGCUCUUGGUGAGAAUAAGGAGGCUUUGCUAUCGGUCCACAUCCCCGAGCAGCCCGGCGCGUUCGCAAAACUCGUCUCCUCCAUCCAUCCCAUGGCCGUCACAGAAUUCAGUUACCGGUACAGUGGACCCAGCUCCGCUAAUAUCCUCGUCGGUGUCGAGAUGAAAUCUGCCACCCGCGAAAGAGAUCUCCCUGACCUCAUCACCAGGCUAGGAGCCGAAGGCAUGACCGCGCACGACCUUUCACAAGACGAGCUCGUUAAGUCGCAUAUUCGAUACCUAGUCGGCGGCCGAAGUAGCGCUGCGGACGAACAUCUCUUCAUGUUCGAGUUUCCAGAGCGAGGUGGUGCGCUCUAUAAAUUCUUGCAUACCCUCCAACCUGGCAUGAACAUCUCGCUAUUCCAUUAUCGGAACUAUGGAGGUGAUGUGGGCAAGGUCUUGGCUGGGAUACAGUGUAAAGAGGAUGAGAAGGAUAAGUUGACGGAGUUUUUGAAGGCUAUUGGGUAUCCGUGGGAGGAGGUAACGGAUAGUCCGAGUUAUAAGAUGUUCUUAAGAGAUUGA